AUGGAGGGAACACCUCCAAGCCACACACAGGAACCCGACGAGGGCAUCGCCUCCGAUCGCCGCCCUUCCACCGACGACCACGCCGAUCUGUCAGACACCGCGUCGGAAGCUGGCUCCGGUGGUGGCAAAGAUUCGGGCUGUGAAGUCGCUCCUGACGCGCAGGAACCUCCGUAUACUCCGCCCGAUGAUGACCUGGCCAAUCGGAUCGUUUCGCAAGUCGAGUUUUACUUCAGUGACGCGAACAUCACUAAAGAUGCCUUCCUGUUGAAGCAUGUCAGGCGUAACAAGGAAGGGUACGUCUCUCUAAAGCUGAUAUCAAGUUUUAAACGCGUUAAGCAUCUUACAAAAGAUUGGAGGGUGGUCGCUGAGGCGCUGAAGAGAUCCACAAAACUAGAGAUUAACGAAGCAGGGACAAAAUUGCGAAGAAUCGACCCACUACCUGCGUACGAUGAGACAACUCCAUCCAGAACAGUAGUGGCUGUUAGGAUGCCUAUAGAUAGACCAACAGUUGAGAAUGUGUCAAGGUUAUUCGCCAGCUGUGGCGAAAUCGCGUUAGUUCGAGUGCUGAGACCAGGUAAUCCGGUGCCAGCUGAUGUGCGACAAUUCCUAAAUAAGAAUCCAAGUUUGGUUAACUGUGUGUGUGCGUUAGUAGAGUUUACGGAGUCUGAGGCUGCUAGAGGGGCGUUGAGGCUCCAGAGUCCAGACGAGGAUGGCAUGAAGGUGUACGAACUGAACGGCGUGCCAAGGGAACCGAAGCGAAAGGUCCAGGCCCGACGGCUUCCACCGCGUCGUCACGAAUGUGAAUAUUCUUCAUGCUGUAGUGGUUCAGAAGCAGAAUAUGAUUACAGAUACGUAAAUCCAUUCUAUAGGCGGAACUCCAGCGGCUUCUUCGCCCCUCGAUCGCCAGAAAUACAAACAUGGGUGCCUCGGCGUACAUCCACGUGUAGCCACAGUUCAGAUUCUGGCGUAUCAUUCUUCUGUGGCUCAAGGCGAGCGUCGCAAGUGAGCACAGGCAGUGCUAGCAGUGCCGAGGGGUGGCUAGCAAGACGACUAUCUGGCUGUUCCCUGUCCGGAACGGAGUGCGGUGGAAGGAGACUAUCCUGUACCCCGCGCUUUGAGCCCCGGACGCCGCUGGUUCCGGACGGCACGAGAGGUUUCAACGCCGCGGCCCGCCAGCGAAGAAUCUCGGACCUGGCGCUGUACUCGCGCUAG